AUGGAGAAAAUUCGCGAUAAAGGAGGGCGAUUUAUCUCCAAAGGAAAACAAAGUAAAAUAACAUCGAUCGAAAGUAAUAGACAGAAAAAUGUGACAGUUGAGGUCCCUUCAACAAAUUCCCAAUCUGAUCCUAACGAUCCGCCGCCUGAUCCAAAUGAUGAUUUACAAGAUCCAAUCCACAUUUUGGAGCACAGUUAUGCUUAUGAUCCAUCAAUAAACGGACACUGUGAUGAGGAAGUGGUUCCAGAUGAAAACGAAGACACGUCACAUCUCAUAGAAUGGGAUACAGGCAGAAGAAUCCUUGAACUAGGAUUUGUUGUGAAUAAACUUAUAGAGGGUUGUUAUAAAUGUAAACAUUCUUUGAAUUUGAGAGACAUUUGUGGCGAAAAGAGAUAUGGACUUGGUUCCUUACUACAUAUCAAGUGUACUUUAUGUAGCACAGUAAACUACGUUCCCACAGGAAAACGCCAUUCUCGGUCGGACAAUAAUGGGAUACGAGCAUUUGACGUAAACACAAAAGUUGCACUGGGGAUGCUCCAUGCAGGCAUUGGAGAGAAAAAAUUAUCUAUGCUCCUUAGUGUAUUGAACAUCCCACCACUGUCAAAGACAUCUUUGAAAAAAUCUGAGAGAGAAGUUGGUAGAGCAGUUGAAGAUGUGGCCAAAAAUAGUUGUAAAGAAUUUGCUACUGCAGAGGUGGAAUCAUUUGGUAAUGAUGACCUUUCAGUGUCUUUUGACGGAGGAUGGCAGAAAAGAGGAUCAGGGCGAUCUUAUUCAAGUUUGUCAGGACAUGCUGCCAUGAUUGGAAAGGAGACAGGAAAAUGCAUUGCAUAUGCAACAAGAAACAAGUUCUGCAGAGUGUGUGAGAGGGCGGAGAGGACAAAAAAAGAUAUCCCUGAACAUGACUGCAGAAAGAAUUGGUCGGGCAGUUCUAAGGCAAUGGAACCAGACAUGUGUAUAGGUAUGAUGAAGGAUCUGCAAGAUAGCAACAUUCACAUUGGCAGCAUCAUUAUGGAUAACGAUUCAACAACCGUUGCGAGAGCUAGAGCUGAAGUAAAUCCUGCACUAAAGAAGCAAUGUGAUAGAAAUCAUACUCUGAAACAAUUUACGAAUAAGCUAUACGAGUUGAAGAAAAGUAAGAACUACAAAGAACUGAAUAGUAAGACAAUUCAACACCUGUCAAAAUGUUUCAAAUACUGCAUUUCUCAAAAUGAAAAUGAUCCAUCAGGUAUGAAGAAGAACUUGGAGGCAAUUGGAAGACACGUUUAUGGUGAUCACACUUUCUGUGAAUCCUGGUGUAAAUAUUUAGCAUCGCCACUAACAUAUAAACCUAUUCAGUUGCCAUACCAUAGGUAUCUCAAUAACCUAGAUCUAAAGAGUGACUUGACAUCUCUUCUUAGCUUGUACAUAUCACAGGCAGAUAAGCUAGUAGACCUGGGCAGUACGCAACCAAAUGAGAGCCUGAACAACACCAUCGCAAGCAAGACUCCAAAGCAGAACUUCUACUCCGGAUCAGAGAGCAAUGACUUCCGUGUGGCUGCUGCAAUUGCCCAGAAAAAUUUGGGCCAUCAGUAUGUUACAGAGGUAAAUGAGCGCUUGCUGUUAUCACCCGGUGAAAUUACCUCGUCAAAUGCCAGAAAAGUAGACCUGAAAAGGAAGAAAACUAAAGAAACAGAGGACACAAGAAAAAAAGGGCACAGAAAAAGAUGGACCAGCAUAGAUCGCAGGAGUCAGCAGAAGUGAGGGAAGGAAGAACGUAUGAACCGGAGACGGACAUGAACAACAACAAUGAUCCAAACAGCAUCAAGGAAAUACCCCCACCUCUCAGCAAACCUGUACCUACUCCUAUUACUGAGGGCCGAUACACAUUUGUGCAUUUUGACUUAGAAACUACUGGUUUAGGUGACGAUUGUGAAAUAACACAGAUUGGGGCCUCCGUCAAUGAUGAUGUGUUUUGUCAGUAUGUUUUGCCACUGACUCAACCAAUUUCUGCAUCUGCUACUGCUGUGUCUGGUAUUGCUACACAGAAUGGUUGUAUGUACAAAAAUGGACAUGUAGUUCCGUGUAUGAAGACACCAGAUGCUGUGAAAAACUUUAUGGACUGGCUCCAAAGAUUUGGGAAAGUAUUGCUUGUAGCUCAUAAUGCCAAGUUUGAUUCAAGCGUUUUGGUGCGUGUGAUGAGCUGUAUCGGUAUAAGUGCCUCAGAACAUAUAAGUGGCUUUGUGGACACAUUACCUCUUUUUAGAGAACUUUACCCUGGCCGCAAGAGUUAUAAACAAGUGGAUUUGUUGAAGGACUUGUGUACGACACAUUAUGAUGCUCAUGAUGCCAAAUCUGAUGCCUUGGCCUUACAAACUCUUUUAUUGUCUUUGUCGGUGUCAAGUCAUACCAUGCUGAAGCAUAGUUUUUCUACAGACUUUGUUGUAGAUAAUUUGAAUUUUUCUAUGAUGAAAAAGAGAAACAUGUUAUCAUUGCAAAAUCUCAUUGAUAAUAAGAUCUUAUCAAAAUUUACUGUCAACAAAAUUGCUGAAACAGGUCUUCAUUUUCAGCACCUGUUAUUAGCUUACCAGAGAGACCAAGAAAAUGGGGUAAGAUCAUUGCUGUCUGAGA